CCCAUAUGGCAACAUCAAAGGUGCGCUAGUCUCAACGAUCAAUAAAUCUUUUCAAAGUGAUAUUUUGAUAAAAGCUAAAUACCUAUUUAUUAUUUUUAAAUAACAUUUGAUUUAUAAGUAAAUUAAAAUGAAGUGCUCAUCUUUCUAUAGUAGCUCAGUAGGGGAUUCUUCCGAAACCAAGGGAGUUAUAUCUUAUACAAAUUGCGUGAAUAGAAUCUGGCUGGAACAUUUUGCGCAGCAUGUGUUCAAAGAUUGUUAAGUUAUAGCCUAUUUACAUAGAACCAUCCAAGACAACAAUAGGUACAUCAGAAUGAGAGAAUUAGUUAAGGUGGCAUCUUUACCAGAACAAGACACGAAACAGAUUCACCAUGAAGUUGAAAUACCAUUCAACGAUAUGCUAUCCGAAAUACCUCUGGGUAUGUUCAAUGAAGAAGACCCUGAUGAUAUUACUGACGAAUUCGAUUUAUUCCUUCUAGAAUGUACGGAGGAUGAAGAACUGGCUGAGCUAGAAAAAAUCGUAUGCCAACUUAACGACUUGGAUGAUGACGCCUUUGGUGAUGAUGAGUACGAUGCAGAAGAGUAUAUUGACCCAGAGGAAACAACCGUCCAACAUGACACUAACAAAGAUAGCCUAAGCAUUGAAGCUCCUUUGGACCAAACAUGUACAGAUAACGCUACAAAGUUACAAGAAUUAAAUAAAGAUUCAGUCAACGAUAGUUUGGAGCUGGAAUCUAAAGUUUUAGCAACUGUUUCGAAUGUAAUAGUGGAUAAAGAAGCUGAUUUACAAAUUAAACAAUCUAUCGAAACAUUUAAAUGUUCAGCGUGCAUCAAAGGCUUUACAGACGAGGAAUCGUUCAACGAGCACAUGGCGACACAUUCCAAUGUCACCAAAAGGCGAUCAAAAACUAAGCAAAAUAAAGAAAAACCUAAAAAGUCAUUAACUUGCGAAAUUUGCUACAACAGGUUUACACGUAAGUAUAAUUUCGUCAGACACAUCGUGACCCACCUCAACAAGAGACCGUACACUUGUUACUUGUGCCAGAAAGUGUACCAGUUGAGGUACAGAUUGGUCAGUCACCUGCGAAGACACACCGAGGCAAAGGUUUUCACUUGUGACAAAUGCAGUACUAAUUUUAGGAACAAGAAAAAUUUGAUUGACCAUUUGCAGAUACACGCUGACGAAAAGCGUUACACUUGUGACGUGUGCUCAGCUCGAUUUGCAAAGAAGUGGUACAUACAGUCGCAUAUGAGGUCUCACAGCGAGAAGAGGUUCGAAUGCGACAUUUGCAAUAGUAAAUUCACAACGAAACGUAAUUUAGAGAGUCACGCGAGAAUCCACAGCGGUGAGAAACCGUUUGCCUGUGAGCAGUGCCCGCUGACGUUCGCCGACAAGAGUAAUCUAUUCUCACACAUCAAGACUCACACUCGAAACAAGUUCACUUGUAACAUUUGCCAAACAGUAUGUCUGAACAUGUUUGAAUACAAGCGCUGCUUCGCAACGCACAUGAAGAUUCUCGCCGGGGACAAGCUCUUCACUUGCCUGGUUUGUCACAAUAAAUUUUCCAAAAAGAGUAAUUUGAACACACACAUGAGAACUCACACUGGGGAGAAACCUUUCGCUUGUAGCGUCUGUGAUCAUAAAUUUGCACGAAAAAAUAAUCUGGUCUGUCACAUGAGGUCUCAUACUGGUGUUAAACCGCAUGUCUGUAAAGUGUGCGAGAAAAAAUUUGCUCAUAAGCGCAAUUUACGAGACCACUUGAAAACCCAUGAGAAUGCGACGCAUUAAUUUUUCUGCUUUUUAUAGCUAGGUACUAUCAUUGCUUAUAUUGUGAUGUGUGAGAGAAGCAAGUUGAUUGUGUCCAGGAAUGUUGAACGUAUGAAUGCGAGGAAAAUCUCAAAUCCUUGAACUUCUGCAAUAUACGAGUAUAUAAUAUGGCAUGGCUGACCGAUAUGACUCCGUGGAGGGACAUAAUAGACAGCAAGUUGUCAUGCUUCAAAGGGGGUAGCGACGAAAGCCGAUGAAGAGACUAAAGGGAGGGAGAGAUUGUGCAACUCUCACUUGCAAAUAAUUAGCACAUUGUGAUGUUGUGAUCAGGAAACAGUGCUCAAUUUUUCUAUCAGGCCAAAAGGUAAAGGCCAGUCUGUGUUUCAUAAUAAUUUAUUAUUUUCUCUGUAUUUUAACUUUCGGGGAAGUUGUAGGUAGCAUAAAUCGAAACGAUCUUUUUCUAUACUACGUGUAUAUUUGUCGAAUAUUUUAACUUCGAAAUUCUUGUGAUGGAAGACUAUAUUUAAACACUUAUUUUUAUAGUAGUUAUACACUUUUAUCUUUAAGCGUAUAAAGGAU